GAGCAACAGAUAACAUCAGUAGAUGGUCACCAUACACCAUGAACCAUAAAUUUCUUCGAGCAGCACUUGUCCUCCUAACCUCAGGGUUUUGCUGUGGGGAUGGUGUAAUUCCUGUUGACCUCAAUAAUGCAUUGGUAGGAGGGAACGUCACCUUCAAAACAUCGAUAAAACCAGACCAUAACCAGACGUUUUUGGCUGUGUCUUGGGCUGUCAAUCACUCCAGUAUAAUAACCUCAACCAGUUCGGAGGUGAUAGGACCAGGCUAUGAGGGCAGGGUCAUCCUGAAUAGAGCUACAGGAUCUCUGGAGCUCAGAAAUGUGACUGAAGAGGACAGCGGGGAAUAUGAGUUGAGCAUUACGCCAAAUGGAGGAGCACAGAUUCAGGGAAGUACCAAGCUGAAGGUGUACCCUAAAGUAUCAACACCUACCAUGAACUGUCCUGCUGAUCGUUUAAUUGAGGACCGAAGCUCUGUUAACUUGACCUGUGAUGCUGAAGGCGUCUUUACCAGGGAGUGGGUUAAGGAUGGUCAACCUGUGCUUUCUGGUGACAGAUUCACCAUAUCUGAGGGCGGCAGAGUUUUGACUAUCAAACCUAUAAAGAGAGAAGACACUGGACUGUUUAUGUGCAACAUCAGCAACGCUGUCAGUUUUGAAACAGCAAAAUGCAGCCUCACAGUCAAUUAUGGACCAGACAAACCAACAAUCAUCCAGAAUCCAGAAACAGCAGCAGAAGAUAAUAAAGUUACUCUUACAUGCACUGCUGACUCCUUUCCAAAUGCAACAUUUACCUGGAUGUUCAAUGAGAAGAAGCGUGAUGGUUCUGUGUAUGAGAUCAGUGAGCUGGAGGAGGAGCACUUGGGGAAUUACAAAUGCUUUGCCCGUAAUGAUGUCACUGGCUUGGAGGUCUCUAAUGUCCACACCCUGAAAGCUUCCUCUGCAGCCAUCGAUGGUUCAGUGUCCAUGAUGGUGACCUCUGCCCUGACCUUGGUGGCCCUCACGCUGGCCUAAAAACUGAACUUUAUCUUGUGGGACGUUGAUGUCGUCAAACAAAAUCAUGUUGAUCUCUGAUUGUAUUAAUGUUUUACAUCUUCUCUCUGGGUUUAGCGUUACUGUGUUGUCUCUUGGAAAUUUUUGUGUUCAGCUGAAACAAACCUGUGAGUGAUAAUGGUAAUGAUGUGUGAUUUGUUUUUGCUUCAGCAGUAUUUGCCUGUGUUCUUCAGUGAUUUGCAACCAUUGCUGUUUUUGGAAGCCUCAAU